AUGAAGACUCCCCACAAGAAGACAGCUGCAAAGCAGCAGACUAGGGAAGCUGUAGGUCACCACACUGGAUCUACAAACAUAAGAAAGAAAAAACACACUCAAAAGAAGCAGAGGGGGAGACCUGCGUCCCAGCCACGGAAGAACAUUGUGGGCUGCAGAAUUUCUCAUGGAUGGAAGGAAGGCGACGAACCUAUCACGCAGUGGAAAGGAACUGUUCUGGAUCAGGUGCCUAUAAAUCCCUCUCUUUAUCUGGUGAAAUAUGAUGGAAUUGACUGUGUCUAUGGACUGGAACUUCACCAGGAUGAAAGGAUUUUAAAACUUAAAAUCCUUCCUGAUAAGGUGCCAUUUUCUCGAGUCAGAGAUGUGCGCCUUGCAAAUACCAUAAUUGGCAAAGCAGUGGAACAUAUGUUUGAGGGUGAGCAUGGUUCUAAGGAUGAAUGGCGGGGGAUGGUGCUAGCCCAAGCACCUAUCAUGAAAGCCUGGUUUUACAUUACCUAUGAGAAAGAUCCUGUCCUGUACAUGUACCAGCUUCUAGAUGAUUACAAAGAAGGCGACCUCCGCAUUAUGCCAGAGUCCAAUGAGGCUCCUCCAACAGAGAGGGAGCCAGAAGGAGUUAUAGAUGGCCUGAUAGGUAAACAUGUGGAAUAUACCAAAGAAGAUGGCUCCAAAAGGACAGGCAAGGUCAUUCACCAAGUUAAAGCCAAACCCUCUGUGUAUUUCAUCAAGUUUGAUGAUGAUUUCCAUAUCUAUGUCUAUGAUUUGGUGAAAAAAACCUGUUAG